AACAAUCACAUCAGUUGUUCCGACAGGCCAUAUGCUUAGAACAAUUAUAUCAAAUCUAGCAUCUCAUAUGACUGUCAUCCCGACAGAUCAUAUACUUAGAACAAUCACAUCAAAUCUAGCAUCUCAUAUAACUGUUAUCCCAACAGGCUAUAUGCUUAGAACAAUUAUAUCAACCUUAGCACCUCACAUGACUGUUGUUCCAACAGGCCAUAUGCUUAAAACAAUCACAUCAAGCAUGGCACCUUAUAUAGCUGUC